CAACAACAGCUGAUAGGGCAAGCCAAGUGCACAUUAGGCGCUUGUGGACCGCCGCACAUUUCUCGCUAGCGAAACCUCGAAACAAUCCCCACACAGCCCUACGCAAGAAGCAUCGAGUUUCAUCAGAUACCAAUAUCUCAUGGUUCCUGCAUGUUCCCAUCGCAUAAUCGAGUCGAACCACGGUGCAUUCGCGCGCAGAAAUUGGGCUAACAAGUAGUCCGCUUGCUCUGGGGACAUUUACGGGACAUCUAACUUGAAACAGCCACAGUCUUUGCUCCAUCGUGAGUCCGGGCCAGCCACACCUUACUCAGGUUGUGGUAGGAAAUCCAGGCAAUGGCUGAACUGGAUGCCCUCAUCGACUCGCUGAUUGAACAGCGCAAGGCUCCAGAGGCGUCGUACAUCGAGAGCAAAGAUGAAAAGACCCUCAAGCUCGAACAGAUUCCGGGCAAAGGUCAAGGGGUAUUCGCAAAACAGGUCUUGUCUGUGAAGGAGCCGAUCUGUUCAUUAACCUACCCGACCAUGAUGGCGAUCGAUUCAGACUUUUUGCCGACAACGUGUUACCACUGCCUCAUUGUCACGGAGAGUCCGUUGCCCGUCCCUGGAUACGGACACGCAUCUGUCCAGCUGAAGAUCUGCAAUGGCUGCCACGCUGCUCGUUUCUGCAGCCGCAACUGUCAGGUCAAGUCGUGGCACGCAUACCACAAGUUUGAGUGCAAGAUCUUCAAAAGGGUGCAGAACAACCUGCCUCCGGCCAUCCUCAGGGCGGUGCUGCGGGCAGUGCUCCUCAGGGACCGAGACAAGCUGCCGAGUGACGAAUGGAACCGCAUCACGCAGCUGACCUCCCAUGAACAAAUCCUUGCCGCGCGAGGUCGGUCCAACCUGACGGAAAUGGCAGAAGGGAUCCAACACCUGGCCGCGUCAGGCAUGGCCAUCGAGACGAUCCAGCGGCUGAUUUUCAUCAUGAAGUCCAACGCCACCGAGCUGCCUACUCCAAUCCAGGGGGGCAUAGGCGUCAUGUUAGAGCCUCUCGUGGCCAAAUUCAACCACAGCUGCGAACCGAAUCUGGCUGUCCACAGACCUCAGCACACUAUGACGCCUGGCUGGAUGAGCUCAACGGAGCUCUCGGAGGAUGAAAGACGGACGUUCAUUCGGGUCAUUCCUCUACGAGACAUUCAACAAGACGAGGAGCUUUUCAACUGCUACAUCGUUCCCACGGCGUCAGCGACCGCCAGAAGAGCGAAGCUCAUGGAGGACUACUUCUUCACUUGCAAUUGCCCCAAGUGCCUUUCAGAUACCAAGGCUGCUGCGGACCUAGCCGCCGAGCAACCUAGUCUCCCAGCCCAGUUUGAUAAGUGGACCGAGUCUGUUGCACGCCAUCUGUCGCAAGAAAAGAGGAGCCCUGAUGCCUUCCGGCGGGCUGCAGCGGGCAUGGACAAGUCAGACCGCUUCCUUGACUACCCUGCCCUCUGCACCACUGGCAAGUUCCCCGAAACGGCCAUGAGACUUAUCCUGGAGGGGUUGAAGUAUCAAGCCUUCGACGAAGCUCUGGUGAACGUCCUCCGGAUCUACUUCCUCGUCAAUCCAGCGCGCUUUGUUGGGCUACAUAACCCUACCAAUGUGUACACGAUCUUCCUCAUGCUUGAUAUAUUCGAUGUCCUCCUGGGUAUUUCGACUUCGUCCGGAAUCACCGGCGACAAGGUAGAAAACGCACUGCGCAAUAUAUCGAACCGUGGACUGGGCAAAGACGCGGUGAGUUACUGGAGAGGGAGAAUAUGUGCAGAUUUAAGAAAGAGGCUGGAAGACAGCGCGUUGACCGAUCUGCUGGUUCUAGUCCAGAAGCGGGAGGAACAAGCGAAGCAGGUCGCAGCCCAAGACCCUCUUGCCGGAGGAGAGGGAUUAAAGGAACGGGCGGAAGGGGGGAUGAGGGCUGUUCUGAGGCUAGACGAGAAAAGAUGGUCGGCUGCGCUGCAGGAGACUGGGUGCUGAAGUUUGCUCGUCAGGCGCCUUAAUCGACCGACCCCUGGUCCCGGACCCUCUGAUGUUGAGACUUCGGCGUUCAUAGUGCUACGUUCGGCGGUUGUCACAACAGAUGUAGGUAGAUCUCAGAUGAAUAUAAAAUGCAAG